GUUUUGAGGCAUCAUAUAAACCACAAAGCCAUGGUACUGUACAGUUCACAGAGUGUAUGGCAGUAGACAUACAGCUGGUUACUAUAAAGCAUACUCCAGGAAAAAGGGAUACUAGUGAUCGAUCCAGAAUUUCAAAAAUAAAGAUGCCUCCAAGGUCUCACCAUUUUGGAUCUGAACCUACAGGGAGACAAUACUACAGACUGGCCACAGUGUGUCUUGGGAUACUGUGUUUGCUCCUGCUGUUGAUCACAGCAGUGCUUUAUGUUUACUAUGAAGGAGCUAUUAGUGACAUUGAAAAGAAGCACAAUAUACUGAUAAAAGAGAGACACGUAUUACAGACCAAUUACAUCACAGUGAGAAAUGAGAGAGACCAGCUACAGACCAAUUACAGCACAAAGUUAGCAGAUGUUUCUCAAUUACAGGAGAAAUAUAGCAGCUGCAUUGCACUGAAAAAGCAAGAACACAGAUGUCCUAUGGGUUGGAAAAGUUUCGAUUUAAAAUGUUAUUACAUCUCUGAAUCAAAGAAGAACUGGAUGGAAAGUCAGGUGGACUGUAGACAGAAAGGAGCAGAUCUGGUGGUUAUAGACAGCAAAGCGGAACAGACUUUUUUCAGUCAGUACCAGAGAACCUGGAUUGGUCUGACAGACAAAAAACAGGAAGGCGUAUUUAAAUGGGUGGAUGGGACACCACUGACCACAAGCUACUGGAUGAACGGGGAACCCAAUGACGUAGGUGGAAAUGAGGACUGUGUUGAGAUCAUCAAUUAUUCAGGCACAAUUGCGAACUGGAAUGAUCGGCCUUGCUAUUAUGAAGAAAAAUGGAUUUGUGAGCGUGAAGGCCUUGAUUAAAACUAACCACAAAAUGUAUGAUAGUUAUACAAAUAACUUUUAAGGAAAAUCAAUCAUUAAUUAAUACCCAUUAUCCA